AUGGAAAACUACUAUAAGGGCAAAAAUGUGGAGGAAGAAUUGGAAAGAGACAAAAUUCCUAUUAAAGACCUUCCCGCAAAUUUUCUUUGGAUGCAGGUUAAAGGAGGAAGCAAAAUGAACAAUUUACUCUCUCAUGCAUCAGGUAUUAUUGAGGAUAAAUCAUCCAGUUCUGUUGUAUGGACGGGAGCAGGAGUUGCUAUUCCAAAAGCGAUAUCAUGUGCAGAAAUUCUUAAAAGACAGUUUUCAAUAGAACAUCAAGUAACAAAACUUACAUACAAAAUGGUUGAAGAAUAUUGGGAGCCAAAGAUUGAUGGACUUGAAAAGAUCAUUGUUAAAAGACAAAUUCCAGUGAUACACAUUUUGCAGUCAAUUGAUGAAAUACAAGAUGUUACUCAACUAGGAUACCAAUCUCUUAAAGGUAAAAAGUUUUGGCAAAUUUGUGAGAUUAGCAACAAUAAAAGCCAACAGCAAUCAUUUAAAGCAAAGAAGCCUUUCAAACAAAAAAAGAGCCAAAUAAAGUAA